AUGCGUUGUGGACGUACAGUUAGAUGCUAAUGUUUCAGACAUCCUGUCUUCAACUUCCGAGCUGAAGAUGCAGACACUGUGUUGUCAGACUGGUGGUUUGUUCAGUUAAUUGUGUGUCUGCCCCGAGUUCUGCUAGUCGCAACUGCAUCUGAUACCUCGACGCUGUGAGACUGCAGAGCUCUAAACCACCAAAUUGCAGCGCGGCAAACUGGACGGCUGGUGAUGCUAUAUUUUUCCUGAACAUGCAAUAACUGCUGUACUAAACCUUGCCAAUUAUUUUGGUACUUUAUUUUAUCACAUACAUUUACGGAUGAAGUUGGUAAGCAAAUUUUUUCAUACUUCAAGCGGUUAGAAAUGGCCGACUGCGAGAAGGAAGAAGCAGCUAAUUUGCAAGUGGAAUUUGAAUGGGUUUUGCAUGAAGAGGUUCAUGCUGUACUUAAUCAACUUCAUACCAUUCUACUGGAAUGUGUUCGUCGGUUCCCCGUUCCCUUAUGUGGGAAUGACGGUCCACAAAAGCAGGACAAGUUUGUGUUGACGGCACCACCAGAGCAACUAAAAUGUGUGGUGACACUCAUGGGGGACAGCAUCACACAUGCGGACAUAAGCUUCAAGGUCCAGCGCCAGCAGAACGUGAUACAUCGUACAACGAUUCAGAAUGAUAAUCCGUGGAAGCUGCAGCAGGUGCAAGAUGCAGGAAAUCAUUUGCAGCAAGCUAUUCUGCACAUCGAAAAUGUUGACAAGGACUACAUGUUCCAGUCAUCAGAAGAAGUACUGCAUGUCCUGGGCAGCAUUUUGGGUUGCUUACAACGUGGACGUAGCAGUCUCAUCGUGCCUCGGAAACGUACAAUAGACGACUUGAUGAAAAGUCGAAACAUGAAAUCUUUAGCUCCGAGUCUUCCUGAGGACUUGGCAAUCAGCUUCUACAUCCAGAGUCACAAACUGGUCUUUGCAGUGUACCAACUGAGCAGUGUUCAUGGUACCAUGAAGUUUGACUCUCAUCAGGCAGAAUGCUCUGUUCCAUGGCUCAAUGAGGUGUUGGUACUAUUCACUGUAGCUCUGCAGCUUUGUCAGCAGCUUAAAGACAAGAUAUGUGUGUUCUCUCAGUACAAAGAUUUCACUGUUGGUUCACGCUCGCAUUCAGCUCUAUCUUGGUGAGCAGUAGCAGGAUGAUUGACAUUUGGUAUCAUUUAGUUGUCAUUUAGUAUCAUCUGAUUAGGUGAAGUGGUGAUCGGUAGAGCUGGAAAGUGAAGUGGCAAGAACACAAGAAUGCCAGCAGUCUGUGAUAACUGUAACCAGCAUCUGCCUGCUAUAUCCUGUACGACAGUUACUUGUCUUGUAUAAUUAUCACUGUUAGUUAAUAGCGUCGAAAAUCUACAACUCCCAGACAAACAUUCCAUAUUCUCAUUACAGGAUGUAGUUUAGUAGUGAGAACAAAUUUAUUUACUGCAUUCGAUUCAUUUGUGAAGAUUCAAAUGUAUAAUGGCUCAAUCUAAAGUUAGUAUCGUAGGGUAAGGAGGACGUUAUGUUUGGAAUCGGAAGUGUUACGUAGAAAUUACUGCUACCGUGCAGACUAGGAAUUAGUUCUUUAUUCACAGGUCACAUAAUCUGUGAACUUCAGAUUUGCUGGUGACCGAAUUCAUUUUGAAUUUUGAAUAUUAUGUAUCUGCUUAAUAUAAAAGUAAGAGAAAUAGCUCAGCGUACUUACAGAAGUAGCUCAUGAUAAAUAGAUACUUGUAUUUCAAAAUAUGUUCCAUUGGAUGCCGGAUGAUGUCUGGGCCAUGAAGGAACAUUACGUCGUUUGUUGGCUUCCAUAGAUAGUGCUACUCAUCAUAUCGUAAGUGUUCUGUCAGUACAGCAGGAUUGGUCAGGUCCCUGUCAGUAGGAGCAGUGGAGGCGUCGGAGAAGACGAUACGCAGUUCUAAGAGUCAUGUUUGAGUUUAACCCAUUACAGCCCAUUUGUAUUCUGUGUGCACAAUGCCAAUGUUAUUAAAUGUAAUAAAUUACCAUAUUUACUUGAAUGACACAUGACCACGUUUCCAACUUUUCGUUCGAAGAGGGGAAUUUGUCAUAUUCAGCGAGUAUGUUCCUGGAACUAAGUUUCUGUCAAAAUAAUUAGAAUUUUUUAUGUGCCUACGAUCCAGUUUGUGGUAUGAAUUGAAGUUUUUCUGUGGGUUUGCUGGGAUAAUAGAUUCUUCCUUGUACUUUUUAAUGUUAUUUCCAGAAGAAUGUGGACUAAUUUUAAAGUAACUUAUUGUAUAUCACUGUGAAGGUGCAGCUUGUAUUUAAACAAAUUGAAUAUUCACUUUAGAUGUUACUAGCAGUAUUUUAGUGCAAUAUAAUGAUAUUCAAGUAGGUAUUAAAACACAAAUUUGAAUUGUAUAAGAGGUUGUUCAUCAUUGAAGAUGUUAAUUUCUGUAUAUUUAUGGAUAUAGUUGUUAUGUACUCAAAUUUGAAAUGAUAUGAUCAACUGCCUCUUGCACAUGUUCUGCAUAGACUUGGGUUAGGUUAGCAGGAUUCAAAUUCAUUUGGCCAGGCGCAAUAUUUGCUACUUUUAAGCUUAUCAGAGACAGUAAUCAGCUAAUAGUUAUGUAAACCUUGGAGUAAUUUAAUUUUGGAGACCAUUAUUUCUUAAAUAAGAAAGUGUAAAGUUUGUAUUAUAUUCUGAUGUUUAUUAGAAUCUUGUGUAAGUGUGCAUGCUUGCGGUUUACUGAAAAUUGAGUUUUGUUAUGUUUGAGUGAAAACUGCAAGAAAGAGAAUAUUGAUUUUUUUAAAGGUGUAUUUAUUGCUUUAUUGCUGUAAAUCCACGGCUUGCGUUUGUAAACGUUUCUUUUCAUUUUUAAUCUACUUCAAUAUAUGUGCGCAUCACUGAUUUAUAAUAAACCUUCAGGUGUGAAAUCAGGGUCUUUGAAAUGAAAUUUUAUGUUCAUUUCUCCUUAUCUUUAUCCAGUUUUCUGAACUUAACAAAAUCUUUUCAAAUUGGGGGAAGUAGAAAGAACAGAAACUGGCUCCAAGUUGCAUGUAGAGACCUUCACACACUUUCUGUAUGCCCUUGGUACAAGUCUUUGCAAUAAUAAAUUCUUAUUUACAUUUCAAAUGUUCUAAGCGUAAUCUACAGGAUGGCAUCAUAUUCCAUUCUCCAUAUUGGAGUCGCAUCUAUGUAAUCUAGUACUGAAUUUUGUUUCGACGUGCUGGUAAUAUAUUUGCAUUUUGCAGUUGAACACAUUUUAAACAACCGUUUAUCUGAGUAUGUUAAGUUGCUGUAUUUUUUUUGUUUCAGUUUAUUAUUAUGGAUUGAUUAAUUUUAUAGCAUGUCUGACUAUUAAUGUGUGUGUGUAAGAUCAUAAAAUACAAAAACUGAUACGUGGCCUAAUAGUUCAUACAUCUGAAUGGAAAAAGGAAAUCAGUACUUUAAGGGAAUACGCAUGAUAGGGAGAUUAUGAUGGGAGCAUUGGCUGGUUGUUUGCUGGACAUCACGGUGAGCUUGUGCGAUGCAGUACAGAACGUCGACACCUGCUUCUCUCUGCAUCAUUUAUCUAUUUAAAUGCUGAUGAAACCAGCUGCAUAAAUUGAUUAGUGAGCUUCUCCUUUGUAUCCUUUGUUAUAAACAUAUCAUGUUUGUUAUUGUACUCUGCUACUAAAUAUGAUUUCGUAAAUUUGCAAUCUGACUUGCUUUUUUGAACGUAUUUAAUAUUUUACGGUGAUCAUAUAAAAUUGUGUGUUUACCCACGUGUACAGAAAUGAACACAGCGUUGAACAACACGUAAUCUUCCUACCAUGCUUCAUGCAGAUAUUUAAAGUGUGUUAUAAUUAAUAUUUACGCAUAAUUCAUGUUUAACUUAUUAGGUUAUAAUAUAACUAGGUGUUUUAAUGUUCUAACUUAUAAUAUUACAGGAGGAAUAGACAGCUAGUAUAAAUUAUUGUUUAUCUGCUCAUGAGACCACUCUGAAAUAUUUUGUGUGUGCUUUAAGACAAUAACACUUAAUGUUGUAUGUUCUGGCAUUUCUAGUGGCUAGGCUGUGAGGAUUGUGUAUUAAUUCAAAUUGCAUCCUGUGUGGAUAUUUCUGUACAAGUCCUUGUUGUAAUGCCAUUGCCUCAGAAGGAAGGUUACAGAUUGAAGAUGACUCUGUUCUGGGAUGUUGCCAUGUAGUCUGGAAGAAGUUUACUGACAUUACAGAGGUCCUUGCUGCCUCCGUCAUCAAGGCCCUGAUAAUGGAGGCAGCAAGGACCUCUGAAACGUCGGUAACCGCACGGUUCAACAACCCAGAAGACGGCCAUCUUCUCACUUAACAGUGGUACACAAUGCCUUUUGCUGUGUUAAUGUGGCUGUAAUAACAGUAUGUUCCAACAGUGAGUUCGAAAUUAAUGUUCACCUUUUCAUUUCUAAUAAGAGAGGCGUAGUUUGGGACUAGUGCUUCUCAUUUAUUUUAAAUCAAGGCUAGAAAUGGCUUUCGUCAUAUGAGAUGUGAUUGCAAAGGAAAUGCUGAAAUAAGUCAUGACUGCUGCAUUAAGCAUCAUUAAGGUAAAAACUGGGGUGAGGACUUGCUGGGUUUGCUAAGAGUCACUCAUAUUUAAAAAUACGUAUUUUCCACUGUCACAAGUUUUAGCGCUUUUUAUAGACCAAUGCAAUGUCUGAAUUGGUUGAGGGCAAUGGCUAUUACAUUGAAGAAGUACAUUUGCUGAUAUCCAGUCAUCAGGAUAAUAUAAGGUCAAAAGCAAUAAGUUAUAAUUCUUUGUAUAAGGUAUUCAUAUAGCGUACACGUUUGUGCAGAACAAGAAUGAAGCUGUUAGAUAAUCUUUGGACAUGUGAUUGUGAUUUAUGUAGUAUGUCUGUAAAGUUAUGCUGUAGUUUUCAGACAUUGCUGUUCUGUAACAAUUAGUGCUAGAGACAUAAGUGGAACAUGGAAUGAAAGAGAAACUGAAAGUUUUUCUGUUUCUAAAGCUCAAUUUGAGCUCCAUUUGUUCCUUUGUUCAGUAUUCCAGUUUUUGCUGUACCUGUAUGAGAACAUCUGGAUUUACAGCAUCAACUGCAUUUCUGUUUCUUUACUUCAGAUUGUGAGUGUUGAUUUCACUUUUUACAUCACUUACUUAACGUAGACCCAUUGGUAACAGUAGUAGGGCAAAGUUAAAAAAUCAAGGUGGUCAGUGUUUCAGAGUUCCUCGACAAUGCGUAUUUUAGACUCGUCUUUAUAGAGGAUCCUACAGAUACUAUAUGAAGAUAUAUAUGCACAUUCCUCUUAGGCGCCAUGCUGACUUAGGCAGACGCUUCAUUGGACGAAAAUCAGUAACAAACCAUGAAGUGAAGAGUUUGAGGCACUAGUUUCUUAAUAUGACGUGAACUUUUGCAGUUUCUCUUCAGACUGUGUUUCCUAUUUGUAUCAUCGCUUAGUCAAGUUUGAAAACUGUGCCAUACCUUUAGAGAGACAUGCUGCAUCCCAUACCGGCGAAAUGAAUGUAACUCGAGUCGGUAGCCAUCCUGACCUCAUACCUUAUACUUUUCUAGGAUCAGCAAUUACAGCAUGGAAAAAUAUGAACUUAUGAGGCUAGAGUGAAAUUGGUUUUGAUAUAGGGACCUGAAAUCGUGCAUAAUAAUGGGUAAGUUAUUUGAAAAAAAUUACAAUUUUUUGUUAAGGUAAUAUUUUUGUAGUAUGCAAAACAACAAUGUUGUGGCCAUGCUGACAUUUUUAUUUAGUAUUUAGUUGGCAGUAAUAACUGUAAUAUGCCCAGUCAUUCUAAUUCCCACUCCCGUUUGCUGUUCAAGGGAACUUGAUGACACUCGAUGUAUAACAAAGCUACUGCUGCUUUAGAGCUGCACUGUUCUGCUGCCAUCCCUCCUUCUAAACUAAAGUGUUUUGAAAAUUUUGUCAUGGGGACUAGAAUGAUUGUUUAUGUUAUAAUGAAAUUUGAUAUGAAGAUGUAAAAGUGUGCACAUUAUUUAAGAGAGAUUAUUUGUCACCCAUUCCAAACAUUGUGAUAGUGUGAACCUUUGUACUUAUGUGAUAACUUAUUCCCAAAAGAUGAUGAUAAUAAUAAUAAUAAUAUUAUCAAUACUCUAUGUGUAAUAUAUUUACAAUUGCAAGCAAUAAAUCAAAGUACCAGUGUGAGUAGGAUUCAUAAAAUUCCUUAAUGCACCACCUAAAUUGUAUUUUAUUGUUUGAAUGUAGACUUAUUUCCUUAUAUAACAUUCGUAAUACAGUAUUCAUGCACAGCAGGACAAGUGAAACCAGGGAAGCACGUAACAGGGUACCACCCUGGAACUUAUUUUAAAUAAGACAUGUCAGACAUAGAUAGCGUAGCCUAAUGCUAAGGGUAUAUAUGUGUGUGUGUGAACCCCCCUUCUCCAAAUAUAAUAGACCUGUGGGGUAUACCCUUGCAGAAACUUAGAAAGGUGUAAUAUUAAAAAGGAAUGAUUUAAAUUAAAUAAUACGUUACUUUAACAUUAGUACUUGAAAUGAACAUUUUAAUAGUUUUUAUAUACAAUGGACAUAUAAUAACUACAGUUUCUUUAAUUAAUUCUGUCCUGUGCUCAAAGUGGAAGCUUCAUCAUCUUUAAUUAUGUGUAUUUCUUGAGUUGUUUACUCUUUAUAGUAAAGAUAUCAUUAAGUAACAAUAAAAAGUGCCUUAUGUCA